AUGCUACCUCUACAACUCGCGCAGCCUUGCUUCCAAACACACCCAGCAAGGAAAGAACGCCCCCCGUCGGAACAUUAUCUCGUGAUAACUGCUCCUAGUCCAGCUAUUUCUGAGGUUUCUCCAUCUGACUCUGAGCACACUUCUCAAGUUGACUUGGUGUCCAAUUUGACGCAACCGAGAUACUCUACGACCGCCACUUCAUCAUAUGAGAGUCAAGCACCCACCACUGCAGAUGUACACGGUUUCACGCAUUCAGCUCAUGGCCUCAAGCUCUAUAUACCCGAGACCAAUGGGAGACACGUAUCCUCAUUGACUUCCCACAACAACCAGGAGCAACAAGCUUUGGAUACUCUUGUAAAAUCUACAUUGGAAUUUUGGUCGGAACCUGAGCCGGACUCGCUUUCUUUGCCAACGCCCAUACUGUACAGUAAGAUGACUGGGGAUCCUGGAGGCGUAGUGUUUUGGGACAAAGAAAGCUUGAAAGGCAGCUUAUCAGAUACGGGGCUACCUCAUACAGCUGGGUUGCAUGACGGGGUCUGGAGAAGCGUAUCUACAUCCAAACAGCAUGGAGGCCACUCCGCUCAGUCUACAACAUCGAUGGAUACAGCCACGCUAGGACAAACGAGCACGAAAGACGGCACCUCUACAUCUGCCAUCAUGACUUCAGCCCGAUGGAUGUACGAUCCAACAUCCAGUCGUAUCAAUUGGUCAAUGCGAGUCUCUAAACAGGGUGUGGAAUUGAUUGUCAUGAGCGUAGUUGGAGGAAGCCUGGCAUUUAUAGGUCUAGUGCUUCUACACCGUCUCAUCUCUCGCUCUUUCCAAAAGAAAAAUGAGCAAUCCAGAUACCUUUCUCCCGUCUCGCUGGCGAAUAGCUUUUCUAGAGAGGAGUCUAGCACACGUAUUUCAGAUUUAGCGGAAGUUUCGCAUUUCUCAAUUGAAUCUUAA